UGACAUUGACGCGUUGACGUCACGUUACGUCGUCAGCACGACAGGAACAGGAAGUGAAUUGAACACGUGGUUUACGGUUUUCCACGCUUCUCAUCCCUGCCCGUCGUUUCAGACAUCUUUGACCAGUCCCAUAGCAGAACAAUGGCAGUUCGUGCAGCAUUUGAGAAGAAUAAUGAAAUUGGGUGCUUCGCCAAGCUUACAAACACAUAUUGCUUGGUAGCGAUUGGCGGUUCAGAAAACUUUUACAGUGUCUUUGAAGGUGAGCUGUCAGAAACAAUACCUGUCGUUCAUGCUUCUAUAGCAGGAUGUCGAAUCAUUGGCAGAAUGUGUGUGGGAAAUCGUCACGGUCUCUUAGUGCCCAACAACACGACAGAUCAAGAGUUACAGCACAUUAGGAACUGCCUGCCAGAUUCGGUGCGGAUUCAGAGAGUCGAAGAGCGUCUUUCUGCGCUGGGUAACGUCAUCGCUUGUAACGACUACGUUGCUCUUGUCCAUCCUGACCUAGACAGAGAAACAGAAGAGAUUCUUGCAGACACUCUAAAGGUGGAAGUGUUCCGGCAGACGAUUGCAGAGCAGGUGCUUGUGGGUAGUUACUGCACCUUCAGUAACCGGGGAGGCCUCGUCCACCCCAAAACCUCCAUAGAAGAUCAAGAUGAACUCUCGUCACUCCUGCAAGUGCCUUUAGUGGCUGGAACGGUCAAUCGUGGUAGUGAGGUGAUCGCUGCUGGUAUGGUGGUAAACGACUGGUGUGCUUUCUGUGGACUGGACACCACGAGCACUGAGCUGUCCGUCAUCGAGAGCGUCUUCAGGUUGAGUGAAACGCAGCCCAGCGCCAUCGCAACUACUUUGAGAGACUCGCUCAUCGACAGUCUCACAUAAAACUGAAGCGGUUUUGCAUAUUUGAGAGAGUGGACCUGGAAGUCAAUAUUAAGAUGUUUUGAAGGCUGAUUAUGUCUCCAUUCAGGGAGAAGCGCACUCUUGCCUUCAUACCAUGAGGAAACAUGUUGUCAUUGUAAUAUUCAUGUAUGAACUGCCUGUCGCACUCAUUUUGUAAAAUGCCAAAAUGAAUAACCUUGUUAGAUGGCUGCUUUUAUCUGAAUUAGUCACUUCAAAUAAAAGACUAUUCUUCAAAUGUUGAUAAAUGUAGAACUUGUUUCCUUACACAAUGCAGCAUCAAUAAAGCUGUGCAUGAUCAACACAGUAGGUCUCGUAUGCAGUCAGACGAACAAUAAAAGGCUUUUGACAACAUCCUGAUGCAAUAACUGUUUUAUUGAGAGCUCAGAAACGUGCCAGUAUGAAUAGUGCAGUUCAGCUGAACAUGGUCAUCUUUAACACGGCUUGAUUCUUUGGUAUUUUCUGAUUUGCAUAUUUACAUUUUAACACAUCAAAGCAUGUUUAAUGUAGAAUAUGAAAAUUGUGAUAAUAAAAGUGAAAGUGACACCAAAUGAAUGGAAUGUGGCAAAAUAUGAGCAAAAAAAAAACAAACAAAAAAAACAGUAAAUUGAAAAAAUGUCAACCACCUUUCAAAAACAUCUUACCAGCCCCAAACUUUUGAACAAAGUUUCUAAUUCAAACCAAGGCUGCAUGUAUUUCCUCAAGUUCAUUCAUUUGAAAUAGAACUCUGUUGUAACAUUAUAAAUGCCUUUAGUCACUUUUGACAAGUUAAAUGCACUCUCCUGAAUACAAGUAUUUCUUUCUUUUUCUAAAAAAAGAGGAAAAAAUCCUUUCCGACUCCAAACUUUGAAAAGGUUGCGUGUGAAGCAUAUUUUAAACAUGGAAAAAAUCAUGAAAAUAGUAAGAAGG